AUGAGUGCUGGUGAGAAACAAUUAUUAUGUUUGGCACGUGCUCUGUUAAGGAAAAGUAAAAUAUUUAUAUUUGAUGAAGCAACGGCUGCUAUUGAUAUGGAAACAGAUCGACUUAUUCAACAGACGAUUCGUUCAAGAUUUAAAGAUGCAACUGUACUGACUAUUGCUCAUCGUUUACAUACAAUUCUAGACAGUACAAAAAUUCUUGCUUUAUCCAAUGGUAGUUUACAAGAAUAUGAUGAACCAAAACGCGUAGCUGCUGAUUCAAAUUCAGCAUUUGCAAAACUUUUAAGUGAUGCAAAUAUUCAUCUAUCUGAUAUUGGGUCAAUCAAUUUAUCAUGA